AUGAGUUCUCAACGAAGAUCCAGUGCUCGCAACAAGUCGAACGCCGUCCGUUUCGAUCCAUCGCCAGCAGUGGUGAUGUCACCGGCUAAAAAACCGGCAAAAGGAGCCGCAAUCGUCGAGGAAGAGGCGAAACCGACAACCAGAAAUCCGGUUCGAACCGUCCGUAAAACGAUGCAAGUGUUUCCAGACGACUCACCGAUUGCGGAAGCUGAAUCAUCGACGAAAAGAAAAUCAGCUCCAGAGACUCCAAAUCCACGUGGCAAGGCACCAGAAGCUCCAACGGACUCUAAGCAGCGUAUAGCUCGAAAAUUCCAGAAUUUUCAGCUGCGAAAAUCGAUUUUUUCAGAAAAAACGCCGGCUAUACGUGGAUCGAAGACUUCUGAAUCGUCUUCUGAAUCGCCUGCUCAAAAAACGGCGAAACGACGCGGAAAACCGGCUGAUUCGAAUAGUCUUUUGAAAUCGGUGUUGGGAGGACGCGGAAAAGUGCCAGAUUUGGCUAUGCAGGAGCUGGAAACGAUUCCAAUGCCUCCAGAUGCUCAAAAAUCGACAGUUUCAGCUGCAAUUUUAGAGGGAAAGCCGCUGGAAAAUAAUGCGAAAAUUGUGGAAAAUUUGGAUUUGGACACUCCAGAAACGAUUCCCGAUGCCGAAAUUUCAUCUGAAAUUCCAUUUGAAGCUGCUCCGGCUGCUCCAGCUCCAGAUGUUCCAAAAAUUCCAGAUCAAGUGCUCUCGACAGCUCUGGAAGUUCCGCACACCCCCAUGGAUCAUUUGGCUGAAAUUCCAGCGCCAACCACUCCAAAGCCAAAAUCCCGUCAUAGAGUAGUUUUGAAGCUUCCAACGCCGGAGAAGAAAUCUUCUCAGCAGAAACCACGUGGCACUUCCAUGCGCUCAACAACGCCGAAAACUCAGCAAGAGAACAAAUCGAAGCCACGUGGCAAGGCGGCUACGCCGUAUCCCAAAUCGUUAGCUGUUGAUAAUGCUGAAAAGGGCAAAAAGCGAUCCAGCUGCGCAAGACCAGCAGCGAAACGAUUGGCGUUGGUUUCAGAAGACAUCGACGAUGAAGACGUCGAGAAUCUGGAUGAUUCUGGAGACUCAGACGGGAUUAAAGAUGAGCAAUCAUCGCUGGAAGACGAGGUUUUCGAAGAGGACGAACCGAAUCCCUACGAUCUCUUCCCAUUCAAAUAUGUGCCACGUGUCGAGCCUCCUCAAACAAUUUUCUCCGUUGGCGAAAUGGCACGUCGUCUGAUACCGAAACUCGAGGCGAAACCAGAAUUCGAUUCUAAAAACGAGGUGAAGGACUACUGUAUCGCGUGUUUGGACUAUCAGAAGAGCUGUAAUCAUCAGGAUGAUAACGAAAUUCGAUUCUUGGAGUUUUGGACCCAAAACUAUCAUCGUAACGACGGCGAUUUGACGAAGGACCGUGUGAUGGCCGGCUUGAAGGAAAUCGCCAACGAUUGGCUCUAA